AUGGAAGAUGAUGUGCUCAACCUUUCAAGAAAUGGAUUUUCACAAGACAAAAUCGUUAUAGGGAACAAAGAACUUAUGCUGAGGUUGUUAGACCAGGUGGUUGGCCGUGGAAUGUUUGCCUUUGCAUGCGUGAAGUAUGUAUCUGAGUGGAUGAUCGUGGGUACAACUUCAACCUCAAUUGAAUAUGGUGAGUCGGAGUACAUAGAUUUGAAUAAUGUUUACAAUUCGAUAUGGAUAGUUACGUUAGUGGAGAUCAGAACUUGGUUGAAAAUAGAUUUGGGCCUUCUAGGGUGCUGGAUUCUGUCUGAGGAUAGUUACGUUAGUGGAGAUGGGAGCUUGGUUGAAAAUAGAUUUGGGCCUUCUAGAGAGCUGGAUUCUUUGGAUAGGGCUCAGGGGUAG